CCAGCUCCACCUUAACUGGGUGUGGCUAAACUUGCAAUUUUAGUCACGCCUAUUUAGCAGGUGGAAGAACGUGGAACACAAAAUGGCCGCCAGACCUUCCCUUCCAAAGAUUUUAAACGUUGCAGAGAAAAACGACGCAGCCAAAGAGCUAGCAAAAGUCAUGUCCGGACGGAGGGGAUUUCAGAGACGUGAAGGAUUUUCAAAAUUUAAUAAAAUAUAUGAAUUCAACCUCCACAUCUUGGGAAGAGAGCACCAAAUGGUAAUGACCUCAGUAUCCGGUCACCUAAUGCAACUGGACUUUAUUCAAAUAUAUCGCAACUGGCAGAAUUGUGCACCCAUCAAGUUGUUUGAUGCACAAGUAGAGAAGAGUGUCCAGCCUGAUUUCAUCCCAAUAAAGAGAACCAUACAAAGAGAGAUAAGAGGAUGUCAGGAUGUUAUACUGUGGACCGAUGGAGACAGGGAGGGAGAAGACAUAGCACAGGAAAUAGUGGAUGUGUGUUUUGAAGUAAGACAAAGAUUGCGAAUUCACAGAGCAAGGUUUUCGGAAAUAACGCCCCAGUCUAUAACCAGAGCUUGUACUAAUCUUACUGUGUUGGAUAAAAGGAUGGUUGAUGCUGUUGAGGCAAGACAAGAGCUUGAUCUUAGAAUAGGUUGUGCAUUCACUAGGUUUCAGACCAUGAGGUUGCGUAAGGUAUUUCCUAAUAUCCUCUCAGACCAGUUAGUAUCCUAUGGGCCAUGCCAGUUCCCUACACUUGGAUUUGUGGUUGAUAGAUAUAAGGAAAUACAAGCGUUUGUUCCAGAGACAUUUUAUAAGAUAACAGUCACUCACCAGGCAAGCAAUGAAAAUGUAAGCUUCAAUUGGAAAAGGGUUAGAUUGUUCAAUCAUACUUGUUGUCUCAUUUUGUACCAGCUCUGUAUGGAGAAUCCCACAGCUCGUGUUGUUGAUAUCAAAAGUAAACCAAAGAGCAAGUGGAGGCCGUGCCCACUGGACACAGUAGAAUUAGAGAAGUUGUGUUCAAGGAAGUUACGUAUCAGUGCAAAAGAGACUAUGAAGAUUGCUGAAAAACUCUACACACAAGGGUUCAUUAGUUACCCUAGAACAGAGACUAACAUAUUUCCGGAAUCUUUUGAUCUUGUCUCUUUAAUUAGAGAACAGACACAGGAUCAUAGAUGGGGAGGUUUUGCUGGUAAUGUGUUGUCUGUUGGUCCUACUCCAAGAAAUGGUCAGAAGACAGAUAAUGCUCAUCCACCAAUACAUCCAGUGAAAUACACGAAUAGUCUUACUGGUAACGAACAACGACUGUAUGAAUUUGUUGUAAGACAUUUUCUAGCUUGCUGUUCAAAAAAUGCUGAAGGUAAUGAAACUACUGUUGAAAUAGAGAUAGGAGGAGAAAGAUUUAUAGCUAAAGGUUUAGUCAUCACUGCCAGGAAUUACCUUGAUGUGUAUAUUUAUGACAAAUGGGCCGAUAAAACUCUACCACAGUAUCAGCUAAAUGGGACAUUUUUACCAUCAGCAAUUGAAAUGAUAGAAGGCGAAACCAACCCACCAUCACUAUUACAAGAAGCUGAUCUAAUUGCUUUAAUGGACAAACAUGGCAUAGGGACUGAUGCUACACACGCUGAGCAUAUCGAAACGAUUAAAACUCGCUCGUAUGUUGGAGUACAAUCUGACGGCAGUUUCGUACCAGGAGAACUUGGAAUAGGACUUGUUGAGGGCUAUGAUUCAAUGGGAUAUCAGCUAUCAAAACCUAAACUAAGAGCUGAACUGGAGGACAAGUUAAAAAGGAUUUGUGAUGGAUAUUGUACUAAAGAUGAUGUUGUAAGAGAAAUGCUUGAUAAAUAUAAAAGAGUUUUUGUUCAAGCAAAGCAGCAAGCUAGAAAACUUGAUCUCUCGCUAUCCAAGUAUUUUGGAGAAGCAAGAGAUUUUAAUGAACAAGAACAAACUCAAGAGCCACUUCUUAGUGACGCUGUUAGGAGGUGUCCAUUUUGCAAGGAGAAAGACAUGGUUGUGAAAAGAAAGAAAGAUGGAGGAUAUAUGUUAAGUUGUUUGGGGUUUCCUCACUGCCGCAGUUUGCAGUUCUUUCCAUCGUCAGUGAUUGAAGCAAAACCACACCCAACUCAGCGCUGUAAUAAUUGCUACCCACCGCCUGUUAGUUAUUUAUCGUUUAAGUUUCAACGUGGCUCCACCCCUCAUUUCAUGUCAGAUGAAUACACUGGCUGUUCAACGUGUGACGGUAAUUUGAUUAAUGUACUUAACUUCCGACCAAUCAAAGAAGGGACGGCACCAACGCAGUCUCAGACAUCAACCAGAGGUAGAGGUAGUACUAGGGGCUCCUCCACUCACUCAAGAGGAAGGGGAUUCAAUCAUACCAAUAAUUUUGGACCCCCACCACCCCCUCCUCCUCCUCCUGGAGGGGGUGGGGCUUAUAAUAUUGGCAGAGGAGCUGGUCCUUCAUACACUGGAGUGGGGAUGAUAGGGGGUGGAGUAGGGGGCGUGGUUUGCAACUGUGGUAUUGAAGCAAUAUUAUUAACUGUGAGAAAUGAACAAAGUAUUAAUAAAGGGCGUCAGUUUUAUAAAUGUGCUAAAAGGGACGAAGAAGGAAAAUGCAAUUUCUUUCUUUGGGCGGAUGAGUCGGAUUCCAAUAAUCAACAAUCAACAUCAUACCAUACUCAGCAGCAACAACCCUUCUUUAACAGAAUAGGAGGAGGAGGUAGAGGUUCUUUUCCAGGUGGUAGUGCUCCUGGUUUUCUAUUCACUAAAAGUAUACAUUCUACAUAUCCCUUUAGAGGAGGAGGGAGAGGGAGAUGGGGAGGAGGAGGAGGAAGUAAUGCUGGUACCUGUCGCUGUGGACUACCUGCUGUACAGAGGACCGUUCAGUCUGGCAAUAAUCAAGGGAGAUUAUUUCGUACUUGUCCUAAACCGCGAGACGAGCAGUGCGGGUUCUUCGAGUGGAUGGAUAAUCCCGGACCCAGUGGCAUGGGUUCCAGUGCAGGGGGGAAAUCAAGAGGUAGAACGUUUAGCAGUAGAGGAGGGGAUGAUGAUGAACAGGGUGCAAAGAAAAAGAGAGCAGGACCCACUUGCAGUAUAUGUCACACAUUGGGACACACUAAGAGAACAUGCCCUAAUAAUAAUUGAUAGUUUAACGUCACUAAUUUUGAUAAGAAAAGAUAUUAUCAUAAUACACUGGUAUACAUAUUAUUGUUAUUCUUGUGAGUUGAUAUAAAUUGGUUUUGAUUGAU